AUGGCGCCUGCGGUGGGCUCGACUGCCUUGGCGGCGCCCCUGGUCGACCCAGAGCGCGCGGACGCUGCCGAGGCGAAGCUCGCCCCCCUCGAGGCCACGGCGGCGCACCGGCGCGGGCUCCUGCUCAUGACGGCCGGGCUGUUCGCGUACAUCCCGGACGGCACGCUCAUCAAGCUGGUCCGUGCGCCCACGGAGACAACCGCCCUGUGGCGGAUGAGCAUCGCAGGCUGCGCGCUGCUGUCCUUGCAAUUGGUGCGCAGGGGGCGGGCGCUGCCGGCGGCCGUGCGCGGCAUGGGCCCCUGGGGCGGGCUGGUGACCGUCCUGGCUGGCCUCAACAGCUGGCUCUUCGUGGAGGCGGUGAAGGCAACCACGGUGGCGAACACCGUGAUGAUCAUGGCGACCUCGUCGUUCUGGGCUGCUCUGCUGGGGCGGCUGGCGCUGGGUACCCCAGUGAGGCUGUGCACCUGGGCCGCAAUGCCUGUGGUCUGCGCAGGGGUGGCUGUGAGCGUCAGCAGCGAUCUACGAGCCACCAUGAACUCGGGAGAUUAUUUGAGCUGA